UCUGGCCAGGAGAAAUCUGGCCUCGGCACACGCCAUCCUCCGCGCCGCUUCCAAUAACCACUGCCAUCCCUAACGGGCAUCCGAGCGGGGGGCUCUGCUCGGAAAUCGCCCUGGCCCAACGCAGGCCUCCAACGAGCUCUCGAAGAUUACCGCAUCUUUUUCUCCCCUGCUAGCGCAGAGAAAGUGAGCCCGGAAAGGGAAGGAGGGGGCGGGGACACCAUCCCCUAGGAAUAAAUAAAUAAAUAAACAAACUGGCUUCUCGCCGCAGCUGGACGCGGUCGGUUGAGUCCAGGUUGGGUCGGACCUGAACCCCUAAAAGCGGAACCGCCUCCCGCCCUCGCGCCCGCCACCCUCCAGGAGCUGAGUCGCCGGCGGCGGUGGCGGCUGACGGACCCGGAGUUUCCUCUUUCACUGGAUGGAGCUGAACUUUGGGCGGCCAGAGGAGCGCGGCGGCCCGGGGAUCGCUGCAUGCUGAGCUCCCUUGGAGAGAUCCAGCGGCGGUUCGGGAAUUUUUUUGGGGGCGGGGACCAGCUGCGCGCCGGCACCAUGUUCCUGGCGACCCUGUACUUCGUGCUGCCGCUUCUGGACUUGCUCCUGUCGGCCGAGGUGAGCGGCGGGGACCGCCUGGACUGCGUGAAAGCCAGCGACCAGUGCCUGAAGGAGCAGAGCUGCAGCACCAAGUACCGCACGCUGAGGCAGUGCGUGGCGGGCAAGGAGACCAACUUCAGCCUGGCAUCCGGCCUGGAGGCCAAGGAUGAGUGCCGCAGCGCCAUGGAGGCCCUGAAGCAGAAGUCGCUCUACAACUGCCGCUGCAAGCGGGGCAUGAAGAAGGAGAAGAACUGCCUGCGCAUUUACUGGAGCAUGUACCAGAGCCUGCAGGGAAAUGAUCUGCUGGAGGACUCCCCAUAUGAACCAGUUAACAGCAGAUUGUCAGACAUAUUCCGGGUGGUCCCAUUCAUAUCAGAUGUUUUUCAGCAAGUGGAGCACAUUCCCAAGGGGAACAACUGCCUGGACGCGGCCAAGGCCUGCAACCUCGACGACACCUGCAAGAAGUACAGGUCGGCGUACAUCACCCCCUGUACCACCAGCAUGUCCAACGAAGUCUGCAACCGCCGCAAGUGCCACAAGGCCCUCCGGCAGUUCUUCGACAAGGUCCCGGCCAAGCACAGCUACGGCAUGCUCUUCUGCUCCUGCCGGGACAUCGCGUGCACGGAGCGGAGGCGACAGACCAUCGUGCCCGUGUGCUCCUACGAAGAGAGGGAGAAGCCCAACUGUUUGAACCUGCAGGACUCCUGCAAGACGAAUUACAUCUGCAGAUCUCGCCUUGCUGAUUUUUUUACCAACUGCCAACCAGAGUCAAGGUCUGUCAGCAGCUGUCUGAAGGAGAACUACGCCGACUGCCUGCUUGCCUACUCGGGGCUUAUUGGCACAGUCAUGACCCCCAACUACAUCGACUCUAGUAGUCUCAGCGUGGCCCCGUGGUGCGACUGCAACAACAGCGGGAACGACCUGGAAGAGUGCUUGAAAUUUUUGAAUUUCUUCAAGGACAAUACGUGUCUCAAAAAUGCAAUUCAAGCCUUUGGCAAUGGCUCCGAUGUGACCGUGUGGCAGCCGGCCCUCCCAGUACAGACCACCACUGCCACCACCACCACAGCCUUCCGGCUCAAGAACCAGCCCCUGGGGCCAGCAGGGUCUGAGAAUGAAAUCCCCACGCAUGUUUUGCCACCGUGUGCAAAUUUGCAGGCACAGAAGCUGAAAUCCAAUGUGUCGGGCAGUACACACCUCUGCAUUUCUGAUCACGAGUAUGAAAAGAAUGGUCUCCCUGGUCCUUCCAGCCACAUAACCACAAAAUCGAUGGCUGCUCCUCCACGCUGCGGUCUGAGCCCACUGCUGGGGCUGGUGGUAACCGCUCUGUCCGCCCUGUUAUCUUUAUCUUUGACAGAAACAUCGUAGCUGCAUUUAAGAAAACAGUAUGGACAUGUAAAAAGACAAAAACCAAGUUAUCUGUUUCCUGUCCUCUUGUAUAUCUGAAAUUCCAGUUUUAGGAGCUCGGUUGAGAAAUAGUUCCAUCCAACUGGAACUUUUUUUGUUUUUAAGAAAGCUUCUUGUGAUCCUUAGGGGCUUCAGUGGAAAACCUGAUGCGAUGCCACAUUCCAGACUCAGAGGCUUUGGGGCAUGCUGUAUUUUAAAGGGACACUUUGUAAAUUUGGCUGUAAAGCAGACUGGGGCCAUGUUUUUCAUGAUGAUGAUGGUGACGAUGAUGAUGAUGAUGAUGAUGAUUGCAACAGUUUUAAUUCUGGCCUUCACUAGCUAGAGAACGAGUUAGCAUUUCUAAAGAAUCUUCCAUAUCUCAUGUAAUGGCUUUGAUUUCUGAUGACAUAAACUGUAGCCUGACAUAGACGCCAAGUUUCUUUUGCCACAAAGCGAAAAGUUCUCAUCAAGAGUAGACUUUGUGGACACAAACUUGUACUGAUGUUCACCUUUCUAUAUGUACUAGCAUUUUCCGUGCUAAUGUUUAUAUACUGUAAACAGUUCUACACUCUCCUACAAAACAAAAAACACCUGUAACAUCCAAAUAUAAUAUCUAUCUUAUAGUCAACUAGAGAGGGAGAAUGAGUUUGCAACUUCACAGUACCUGGAUCGUUGAACGACACUCUUCUAGGCCUUACCUGAGUGUGAAGCCCUUAAAUUAACAAGAGUCAAAUAUAACUGAAGUGUCACUCUAAUACUCCUUACCUGAGAUUAUAUGUAGAGAAACAAUUUUACUACUAAAUGAUUUCAACUAUUGGCUUUCUAUAUUUUGAAAGUAAUGAUACUGUUUUCAUUUUUUACUGAUGGUUUAAUACAAAAUACAUGGGGCUUGUUUUUCUCUCCUAAGUAGUGUAAGCUCCAAUAUUAACUUCAAAAAAUACAGCUCUUCAAAAGCAGGCUCUGAGGAGCCCUGUGCUUAAACAGAAAGCUCUGCAUCACGUUACUGGGGACAGGCUGGAGGAACAGAAUCACCAAGCAUCGUCUUUUGUCAUUUCGUGAAAUGCGAGCAUGCGUACCUGUGCGGAGACCAGCAGCCACGUGUGAAUGUUCUACACCGUCUAAUGGCACCCUUGCCAUUGACACCAUCUAGCACCUGGGUUUUCAGGUCAUAUGACAAAGGCAGCUUAGAUUGGGACAGGACAGGGGUGUGUUGCCCUCUCUUUUGAAGCAGACCCAUGCCAGGGGACACAGGUCUUUUCCUAGGGGUUUUCUUUACCCCGACUGUGAUGUCUUGGCCUCUGCUUAGAACCAUUUGGUCCGAAGGUCGUCAGGAAUCUGCUUGCAUCUUGUUCUGUGUCCUCUGUGACAGACUGUGACUGACUAUGCGAAAAAGGAAAGGUUUUUGAAUCAAGAGGAUCAGCAUAGGUCUGGUGAGAUGCGUUGGUUGGCGUAGGUAGAACAGGACGCUCUCCACACGGCAUCUGCCUGUGUAACUGCACAUCAUCUUCCAUUGUGCUCUUCCUUAAACGAACAUAGACCCGCAAGUGCACUUUUGAAGUCUGCUUUAGAUGGUGAGGUUCAGAAUCUACAAUGGUCAAGUACAAGUGGCCAUGUUUCUCCAAAACUGGAGAAAAGGGAGGAGAUUCUACCUUAAGAGAGCGUGGGGAGCAUUAGCUUUCUUCCCACAUGGGGACAGGGGGUGGCGGAGGAGACCGUGGUGCAUAUUUCAUACUGAUCCCCUUUGCCCACUGAUGUCUGCCUUGUAAGAUUAAUCAAAUUCUGGGGGGGGUCGGGGAGGGGAAAUCUAUGAAAUCCAAGACAAAGGCUUAGUCUUUUAGCUCUAUUGGUGUUCAAAGUACGUUUAUAUCCAAAUGUUAAUAAACACAAAUGUACAAUCCUCAGUACCAACUUUUCUCACUUCGAAAUGUUUUCAAGGGAAAUUCACCAAGCACCCAAGUAUAUCUGAUUAGUGAAAAGUUCCAUAAAAGUCUUGCUUUGAAUAAAUUAAAUGUGUCAAGAUAUUUGGAAUGCCGGUCAUCUAUGAGAACAUAUCUCUUACAGAGCAAAUUGUGUUUUAAUUAAGGUAUUUCUGUGUAUCUCCACCGGACUCAUUGAGUAUGGGUCUGAUUCUAUGUGAUCCAUUGUAGAAAGCUAUUGAUUAUGUCCGCGGUAAACAGGAGCUCUAAUUAGCUUCAGAUGACCAAAGAGGAAAUGGGAGUUUUUAGUGCUAACAAGGGCAGCCUUCACUGAAGGAGGCGUGGGUAUGCAACACGUAAAUGAAAUUUUGAAAACCCUCAUCUGUCACCAACAAAGAUCUCAUUUUUCUUCAGUGACAAAAGCAUAUUCGAGUUACCAAAUCCUCAAUUUGAAAAUAAGUUGCCGACUAAAUAAACAAGGGGAAUCAUCUUGUUCGAGGACAAGAAGUUAGAGAGAUUCUUACAAAAGCAAGCCAAGCAAGAUUUCUGCUGUUCAGUGUGAUCUCUGUCUAACACAGUGACUCUGAAGCACCAUCACUUGCCCCAGGACUGGAGCAGGCGAAUGACUUAAAUCUUUUACCUCUCUCACUUCUUCUUAGAGUGCUUAAAAGCAAAAAUGGUUUACUACUUCCUGUCCUUUAGUCGGGACAUUCCGGGUGCCACUGAGUACAGGGGCUGUCUGCUGAGGUUUGGGCCUCUUGUAGCUCAUUGUAGUUGGUUUUGACAAAAAAACCAGUAACUGACAUCCAUGCAGACCAUGACUCCCAGAUCAAGCAAGUCUAGCCAUGCCCUACUUAUUUUAGAGAGAAAGAGAAAAAAGGCAUUACUGCCGCACUGAUUAGAAGCACAUCAUUCCACUUUGAUGUUGAAUAUCUUUGACUAAUGUAUGUUUGAGUAUCUUUUUAAUAGAGCACAUGAAGGAAGAAGUGCACAAUAUAGAGAGGGAAUUUAAAAUGCCAACUGAAUAUUUAUUUUUCCAUACCUGAUUUUUUUCUAACCACUAAUAGAAAAAGUAUAAGUUGAGAAUUACAUAGGUUAUUUUUCAUGAAGUAUAGCAGACUAUAUCCAGAAUGUGAUGAGAGUGUUUCCAUUUAAUUUUUUUUUUAACAAUUAUUUAUCCUGUAGUAAAAAAUGAUGUCUUAGAUAAGCUGUGUCUUUGAGUUCGUCAAAUACAGGACAGGGCUUCUCCAGGGCUGCUGUAGCCUUGGAUAUGGUCUGUGUUGAGACUGUUCCUAUCUGUUCCUGUUCGCACUUCGAGAAGGGGCCGCUUCCACCUGCCUCCCAUUUCCCACAUGCCUGCUCGCCCCUAAGUCAGACACUCCCAAGCACUCCAUCUGCUGUACGAGGGAAGUGGGAGAGCGAAAGCAUUUCUGAAUCACUGUAAAGUGCCCGGGAAAAAGAGAUGUAAGAGCGGUGGGAGUUUAUAUAAUUAGCGAAUUCUUUUCUUAGAAUCCAGCAUAAAUGCAUUUCUGUUGUUAUUAUUUACAAAACAGUGGCCUCAGAGGAGCUGUCUUUUGGAAAAUAAGUUCUCAUUCAUGUAGUUAGACAUGCACGACUUAUUUGAAUCAAUAAACCGUGGGCCAGAAAAGGGCUGCUUGACUGAAUUCACAUUUUCGAAUUCUCUUUCGAGGCUGUUCUUGAUCUCCUGGAUUCUUGCUCUGUGAUCUCUGCUGCUCUUGCCUCUGCUCUUUGAUAAAGCAAAUGAGACUAUGUGAGACCCAUCUUUCCAAGAAAGACCUAAAAGCAACGACAACCAAAAGCCACUGCCCUGGGUACAGCGAUAGCAGCAAGGCCCUUCUGAGCUGGGAGAGUUUGGAGAAAUGAAGUAAAAUCAAGGUGCAUUGGAGGCCACAUGUCUUGGGUGAAUGGAUUGUAGUCUGUUGAUGUUCCUUGCUGGUCAGAAUAGGAACUUCCAACAAAACAGCAGGAGUUCCUUGAAUUAGGCAACAGUUCCUUUACAGGAAGGGAGGCAGAGCUAAUAGCUGGAUGACAGAGGAAGAAAUUUCUUUUCUUUGAAAUUCUAAAAUAAAACAGCUGGAGAUUUGGUUGGAUGCCUUUAGAAGCUUCAUUUUUCUCUCAUCCCUAUCAUAGAUAUCUCACGUAUCUAUCUGACACCUCUUGACUUUGACACAGCUUUGCUUCUCAACUGACCAUUUGUUUUCAGUCUGUUGUCUAGAAUUCUUCCUGAGGACUGUACCUCUGAAAAAUAUUCUCACUGCAGAGGCCUUAAAUCUGUGAUUUUUGCCACUGCCUCCAGCCCGGGCUGUAUUCUGUAGGACAUUUCAUUUCACAAGGGUAGUUGUCUUAAGACAUUGACUGAUUCCAUUCUCUUCUGUAUUGAUGAAUGAUGCCUCGAGCUCCACCCUAUUCUUUAUUGCCUAAGUAUUAAAUAAGGCCUUGCCCAACAAUUCUUCAUUCUAAUCGUUCUAUAUUUAGUUCUACCCAAAUUAAUUCUUGUGCUAUCAGGUGGCCGUUCUCCUUGUUGUUUUUAAGACACAGAAGCCUCUCUUAGGAGCCAGGCCAUCUGAAGGGGAUGUUAAUCUCCAAAUAGGAAGUUCCUCUACCCAAGCCUCUUCUGAGCUCCCUCUUCUUAGCUCUGGGAUUGUCUUAUCCUCACCAGGAAUCCUUUUGCUGCUCCCUCGUUCUCUGAUGAGUUCUCCCGCCCCCCAGAGACAAGGCAGAGUGCUUAUUCCGUGGGAUGCGCCACCUGCACGCUGAUUGUUCUGAGACCCAGCCCAGAGGGGUGGGGAAGGCACACAAACCCUAUUUCAAUAAACUGCCUGCAGAGAACCGCAGCCUGCUAACAGUCAUCGAGGCCUCAGCCCCCUAAGGUCUGCAAGCUCAUUUGACCAGCGCAGCUGCGACUUCGGCUGUUUGCCUCUGGCAGGUGCCAAUAUCGGCGUCUUGUCCCACUGCCAUGGGGAGUUUAUUUUUGCUCAAUGGCAGCUGCCAAGCCCAGCACCAGCAUCAGUAGAAGGUUUUCUCUGAUUUUCUUCUCUGCGUCUCAGGCCGGGCUUUCUUACCGAUCCCGAUUUUUGUUUUGUAGAGAGUGCCAGCAGACUGGCCAGAGAGCUUCAGCUUCUUCCAUAGUUUUGACAUCUCUUCCUGCUCACCCAGCCUUCCCUGGCAGAAGGCACGACCCAUCAUUGGUACUUAGAGAACACUGGUCUAAUGAAAAGCGUUGGGGCAUUGAAGGGCUUUGCUCUGUCGUCCAACAGCAACAGCUAGCCUGUUUGCAUAGUCUUACUGGCAUUGAGCUAUAAUGACACUGAAUUUGUCCUCCUGUGAUUAUUGAGAUGACGGGAGAAAGAAUCUUGGAAAGCACUGGGAUCAAAGUAGCUUUCAAGCUGCCCGCUGUGUUCUCUGCUGCGAGAUGCAAAACUAGCACUUGUCCCAGGAAGAGCUAAGCAAGACCAGCCAGUCCCAGCAGGCUCCCCUUCUGCCAGAAAGGACAGAACCCAGAAUGGGGUGCACUUGGGGGAAAUUAGCUAGUGAGUCUCCUGAGGCUUGCACUUGCUUCAGGUUGCUGGUGAGAAAGGUGGGCCACUCCCCUGUCCCAGACCAGUCCCAAGGAUGACAGCUUCUCCAUCAGCAGCCUGAGAAGCAAAGUCUGAUGCUCAUCAAUUCAGUAUAAUUGUGGAAUGAGUACUGUGGCCAAAUGAGCCAUCAUUUGGAGCUGAAAGUCCCCGACAAGUCACUUAAGAAUAUAGGACCCUCUGACAGCAGCGUAGGCAAACACCCAUCCUUUCCAGAUUGGCAGAAUCCUUUAAUUUGACAUCCUUCAGAGACUCUAAAUUUUCUAUAUAAAUAGUUCGUGAAACUGUUUUUCAGACUUGGUCUCCCAGGAGGCGAGUCUUGGUCCACAUGCACACGGUGGCCAGGCCCGCUCUCCAUCGUGGGGACAGCAAACACAGCCACCCCAGCUGAGGACUCAGGCUGCCACUCCUCUGGGCCUCAGAGGGCUGAGAGCUUGGCCAGGUAGGCACACCCGUGGAGCUGUCACAACUGUCACGGACCAACCACCGUGCAGGUGGGAAUAAGAGACAGAGCUGCUGUAGCUGAGGAAAGCCAGCAGUCAGCAGGGCUCAUGCAAAGGAGCAAAACUUUGAAUGUGCACAAUGACCCUGACGUCUGUCUGCCAAACAUAACAGACCGUAAGACCAGAGUGAAGUAGGCUGAAGAAUUGUAAAAUCCAGCGAAUGCCCUGAGUAUGGGAAGCCUGGGCUGUGAGAAGUCAGUAAAGCAGUAAAAGUCAGUCACCUGGGGCCAGGCUGGGUGACCAUCACAGGUACAGGUGAAGUUACCCUGGGCCUUCUCAGCAUGCUGGCGUGAGUCUCCAUUGAUCCAGUGUGCUUGCGCUCUCUCUCUGUCUCUCUGUCUCUCUCUUACAACUGCUGCAGGGCUGUAUGAUCCAGCAUUAUCUUCCUGGCGUGCAAAGCGUGCUUGAUCUGGAAUUUGAUUUUAUAUUUUUUUAGCUUUAGCUGAAGGCAUUUCUGAAGUGUGGGGAAAAAUAAAAAGAGAAUGGAAAGCGCAGAACCAAAUCGCAGAUUGCCCGGCCUUAUUUGGCUGUGGUCUUGCUGUCAUCAAACAUUUCUGAUGUGCUUUUCUGGAUUCAGAAAUAGCUGAUUGUCCUCAGAGGGUUGGGAAAAAAUGGUUUCAGAAACCUCAAAUCCAGGGCCUUAUAGUUCUCCUAAUUAUCUAUCUUUCUCCUCUUCUCUCUUCCUUCACCCAAGGGAGCGGGGGGAAACACGCUUCGCCGCGGAGUUUGCUUUAAAGAGUUUUCCCAUCUCGCGUGCAUUAUCCCUUGAUAUUGAAAUUAUUUUCUCUGUUUAAUCCAACUCCUGCUGAGAAGCUGUGUGAGAUUUAGGUUGUGGGAUUUUUUUUGUUGUAUUCUUUUGGAUGGUGUUGCAUUUUUUACUCUUAACCCGAGGGUACGUCUCAGCUUAUGUUCAUUCUAUUUCAUGCAGGUUUAUAUACGUGUGGAAUAGAGGAAAGCUUCUGAUAUUAAGGAUAUUUUUAGAAUUGUUUCCUGAGCAAGGGGUUCAGAUACCCAGUCUCCUCAGAACCGGGGUGAGGCACGAGUGAGCUUUGUUGAGAAGCCUCCAGUUCGGGAGGCAGCAGAUGGGCAAUCUUCCUUCGGGUCUCCAUGUUAUAUGGUAUGUUGACUGCGUUCUCCGCUCGUAGGAGAUGAUGUAUUUCUCUCAUCGUCUUGCGUGUCUGCUUUCCCGAGGACACCUGUACCUCGGCCUGGGGUCAUUCCCACGUGGCUUCCUCACACAGCUGUUUUGCAGCAGGCUUUAUUGCCGACACCUGUGGAAGAACAGCUACAUGUAGAAGUACAAGUUUUGCUCUUUGGACUUUGGAAGUGGUUUUUGUGAUGUUUGAAUUUUCUGUUAGCCUAUUGCUCAAGCACUACGGAAUGUACAUAGUCCUCUGGCCAUCCCCCACCCCAGAAUAUCCUAAUAAACAUUGUUUUCCUUUUUUAAAAAAA